UGGUCCACCAUCGUUUCUGAUCUCUAGAGCCUGUACGUUGCUCUUCGGUUCUGAGUAGUGUCCCGCUGCGCAGAAUGGAUCCCGAUUCGUUUAGUUGUCACUUGUUGCGAGAUGGCGAUAUUUCUGGUUUUGUGGAGCGAGCACGACUGAUGGGUUCACGUUUCGUCCGUCCUUUCUUGCCGUCGCUCGUCCGCAUGGCUCUCUGUUCGUCAGUCGACACGACGCCGUCGUGGAGCAGCUCUCAGAAGGAAAUACUUUCCAUUCUGUCCGGAAUCGAAAUGGUCAACUCGAUCGUUCGCUGUCUGCAAGUCGAUUUCUCGCAGUUGAAGGAAGACCUCAUCAAGCACGGACAGAUGGAACGCAAGUUGGCGGACGCGUCCGGCUCGGGACCUUAUGUCGCGUCGAAAUCGUUAACUCUGUCGUUGAAAUUUGAGAAUGCUGAGACGGACAGCGAAAACUGCGGGGAAGAGAAGCUACGAAUUGUUCUGAAUGAAGUGAUGAGAGCGGCGGCCGAGUUGAGUGGGUCUCCCUUCUGUGGAUACAAAUGCGAGUUGUUCGAGAACGACAUGUUUGUCAGUGAAGUGUCUGACAUCAUAUGUAUUGCCGUAUCUGAAUUGCCUUCUCUGCUUUCUCUCAAGUCAAUUGUGCCUGCACUACUGAGGGUCGAACGAGGCUUGUGGUUGAUCUGCAGACUCGCGGUGAAUUUGUGUCAUAAAGUAGAUCAAAUUGCCUCAAUACUGCUUUUAAUGACCGACUUACAAGACGAGAGUUCAUUUGCAAGUCAAAUGCAAAGUAACGCACUCUCCCAACUGUGCGCCCUCUUUCCUCCCAGUUGGUUGUCCGUUAGACAAGAUGCGAUGAAUCUGUUGAAACUGCCCGGUCUCGUUCUCACGCUCACACUCAACCACAGCAGCUCUGCUGAUGGCAUUGUCACAUUGUUAACGUCUCUGCUGUGCUCCGCCGACAAGUCAGUUAGAGAAUGGAUGAGCCAAUACAUCAAACUGUCUCGUCGACGGAUGAAAAAUUUGAAGCAAAUUGAAACUUGUUUCGAGCGUCUUCAGAAACAUCUCGAUACUCAAAUAAUGAGUCUACUAGAUAUGUCGGCUGUUCGAUCUUUGAAUAGGGAACAGUCGGUAGAUAUAACUGAAGCAGGAUCAGGACCGUCAGGCCGGGCAACUCCAUUACCUAAUGUUAACAUUUCAGUUGCCGCUGAGCAGGAGGAAACUAUGGAACUAGAAUAUGGAACGAGUGACGGCUUGGAGCAGUCUGGUAUUUCUCGUGACCCUGAGAUGGAAGGACACGACACCGUGUCACUCGGAGACGCGACUACUGCUCUCAUGGAUGGCCAAACGAAAACAACAGUAACGGAAAACAACGUGGCUGUCAGUCGAGACGGCAGGGCAGGCAGCGUAUUAGCUGACAGUGUUGAGGAUGGUCUGGUGGAGAGUACACGCAGUAGUCUUUCUGACGAUGUCGUUGACAAGGCAAACAUGUUGCUGCAUCUUUAUUGCAUGCUGCUCGGCAGCGGUGUUUACACAGUGCAUAGCGUGUCGUCAGAGCUGAUUGUUGAGUUAAUGACGCAACAACCUCCCGUCUCGUCAAGUGGAGUUCGUUACGUUCACCUGUCUGUCAGUCUUCUCAUGGCAUAUCCACAUCUUGUCAGUGAUACAACACGAAGUCAGAAAUUCACUGAUUGGUUAAAAUGGCUGCUGGACAAUCGUGCCAACUUUGAAUGUCUAAUGAAAGCCGGGGAAGGAGGUUUUAUGGAAAUGCUGCUGCUAGUUGCAGUUCACUUUCACAGCAGUCACUAUGAAGCGAUUGCCGAACUUGUAUCUGAUGUCAUCGGCGUUCAGGGAUGUGUGAGGCCUGGUAGUUUGGCUGCACUUAGAAUUAUGUUUGUUCAAGAUGUCUUUACUGAAGAGGUAUUAGUAGAUCACAGUGCUAAAGUUCCCAUUACCAAACAACUCUGUGUUCACAUGUCUGGUCUUCUACCAAUCAACUGUAUUCACGAACUCUUUAAAACUCGUCUCUUUGAGAAACACGGCGUUUCAAUCCAAGAUUGGUUGUAUCAACAGAUCUUGCAUUCGACAUAUCCUCUUCAUCCACUGCUACCAGUCAUCGUACAAGAGUUUGUUUCUUCUCUUUUUCAGGCCAACAGGAUGGAAUUGCGGUCUCUGCAGGAUGUUGGCUUUUCUGAAAGGAGUAUAAUGGAAGUGUUCUCGUCUUGCAAUCAUAUUUAUGGUCAAAUGGAUCAGGCUACCCCUCGACUUUUGAUGCUCUUUUAUGUUCUGUCGUUUCAACAAACUAUGAGAGCAAACAUGAAACAUACAGCAGGGUCGGUUGCCUUCCAGCACACGCAGUCGUACAUGUUGUCAGUUUGUCGGUCAAUCCCUGUUAAGCAGCUUGUUAUGUUUGCUGAUCGUCAUCACGACUGGUACAGUGAACUCUCUCCAUCCCUUGUGCGGCUAAUUUCAACUCUGCUGCCCGAACUGUGUUUGAUGGAAGACUGGCUCGAAGAAGAAGACGGUAGUCUCAGUAUCAGUCAUGUUGUGAAGAUUAGUAGAGACAUGGACACUUUCACACUGGGUUGGUCAAGACAUGAUGGAAACAAAGACAAAAUCUCACGGUUUCGUUUGAAAACAGCUCUUCACCAGUUGAAUGCUGCAGAUCCCAACACACUUGUCUGUCUGCUUUAUUUGGAGAGGCAGCCAUCAGAGCGACUUGUUCCCUACAUGCGCGAUCUGAUGAUGUCAUUGAGGAUUGCUCUUGAUCAAGCAAUUCCAAGACAAAUUCAAGUGCUAGUUCGCAAUAUCUGGUUUCGUUUGAACACGGUUGUUCCAAGAAGGCUCUGGCUUCAGACUGUCAACUCACUGCAGCAUGGCAGUACAAUUGCAUCAACAAGUCCUGAGUACACUCAUGAAGCUCUUUCUAUUGACCCAUUGUCUGUCCUAAGAUGUGAUGUGAGGGUGUUCAGGUGUCCACCAAUAUUUGAGAUUGUUCUUCAUGUCCUGAAAGCUUAUCUUGUAGCGUCCAAAUCUCAUCUGUCUGCUCAUGCUUUCCUUCAUCCCAUUGAGUUUAAUGUUACUCAGCAGGAAGGAAGAGAUGGUCUCACAGGACAAGAACGAGAUGAAUUAAGACUUGCCAUAGAGAACACUCAAGACAGUGUUGCUGCUCAGCUGUUACUUGAGAUUUGUUUACCAAAUGAAGAAGAGAAUGAGAUCAGUCAUAGUGGUCGUCAACUGAGUGAUCUACAAGAGAUACGAUGUCACGUGUGUUCCUUCCUUCAUCAAACAUUCAUCUCAAACCCUACAUUAGCGAAGCUUCUUCAUUUUCAGGGAUAUAAAUUGGAACUGAUUCCUGUCGUAGUGAGUAAUGUACCGUCCAUGCAUAUUUGCCGUGACUUCCUACCCGAACUGCUCAAACAGCCACAACUCAAGAAACAGUUAUUUGCCAUUCACUUGGCAUCUCAUCUCGCUGUUCAAUAUCCAUUGGUGGAGACAAUGGAAGUCGGCCGGCUGUGUUUUGCACAUUUGACUUCAAUGUUGACAUCUCAACCAAGGGACACUUGCAAAGAAGUUAUGUUGUCCGUUCUCCCAACCGUCUGUCGCUUUUGUAGUGCCUUUCCAGUGCUGUGUGAAGGAGCGGCUACUUUGUUGCUUCAACUACUGAGAACUGCAUUGUCGUGGCCUUCGGUUAGUAGUGCCGUGUCUAAUGUGUAUGGCAAACGACUGCCAAUCAGUAGCGUGUCUGUUACUGCACUCACACAAAUGGUUACAAGAGAGAAAGACCCCAUAGGUCAUAUGACUUUCAGCAAACAAGGCAACUCAUUAUUUCAUAGUCUACAAAGUGUUGUGACAGAAUUACUAGGGAUUAUGGGACAAUGGUAGAGCUGUGCUGAAGUACUACAUUGUAUAAUGGCAAUUCUAAUAAUGUGUGCAGAUUAUACAGUAGGGAUGGCAAAUCCUUGCACUGAAUGUUGUAAUGGUUUGCCAGUUGAAAGAUUCGCUUCAACUCAA